AUAGCAAAAUGCGUAUGCGCUUCUGUGCAGCACCGCCCGCUAGGUUAAAACACUGGUUAUCAAGCGGUCCUUAGGGCGAUUUAACAAGUGCAAGUCUUGAUAUUUGUUUCUGUUUCUCCCUUUUAUUGUCAAAAACGAAAAAGAUAUUUUGGUUAUAAGAACUCGGUUGCUUUAGUUGCUUAUUUUAGUUGCUCCUGCAAAAACGGCGACUGAGCAACCACCCUUGAUGCCGCCAGGACCCUUGGAUCUGUCAGCGGAGGCCCUGAGGUGUCUGCAAGAAAUUCAAAGCAGGGGAGCAAGUCAGUGUGUGCAGCCGCUUACCACCCUUUCCGAGGCAUCGCCAUUGUUAUUGUUAUUGUCCACGGUGUGAUUGUUCAAGGCGAACGAUGCGGCGCUCCCCGUUAAUUUAACUGAGAGUGCGAGGAGAAGGGCGCACAAAGGAAGAAGGCUCCCUCAAGCUGUCACCCUGAGGUGGGCAGAAGCGAAAACUGGUACAGGGUCAUUCUGACUGCUACCUACCCCUCCCCUCUUUCCCCCCCCCCACCCCCAACUCCCUUCCACCUCCAUCACGAUAGGGCUGCUGGUAAACUGGAGGCAAGAGCAACAAUAGUACUAUAAUACUCCCUCCCAACACUAAAAAUGGAUCGCGAAAGAGGAGAGAACGAAGAUAAUUUAGAUUACUCAGUAGCAAACGUGGAAAAGGCAUUGCAUCAGUUGUACUAUGAUCCAAAUAUUGACAACAAGAACCUAGCACAGAAAUGGCUGAUGCAGGCACAAGUCUCUCCUCAAGCAUGGCAGUUUAGCUGGGCAUUGCUCAGUCCUAAUAAAGUGCCUGAGAUCCAGUAUUUUGGAGCCAGUGCCCUUCACAUCAAAAUCUCCCGCUACUGGAGCGAUAUCCCGUCAGAUCAGUAUGAGACUCUGAAAUCCCAGCUUUUCAAUCAGAUUGCAUGUUUUGCAUCUGGUUCCAAGAUAGUGCUCACCAGACUUUGUGUGGCGUUAGCAUCACUGGCUCUCAAUAUGAUGCCAGAGAGAUGGCCAAAUGCAAUAGGUGACAUGGUGAAGAUGUUUCAGACUGAAAGUUCAGAUGUGGAUGGCAAAGCUAGAUGUAUGGCCUUACUGGAACUACUAACUGUCCUCCCGGAAGAGUUUCAAACAAGUCGUCUGCCUCAGUACCGGAAAGGUGAGGUGCGAAAUGCCUUGGCACAAGAAUCUGGUGCAGUGUUUCCUCUUCUACAGCAACUGCUGCAAACUGAUUCUCCGGUGUUCAUCAGCCAGAAGGCUCUCAAGUGUUUCUCAAGUUGGGUACAGCUAGAUGUGCCCUUGUUGGAUUGUGAGUGUUUGAUGCAGGCCUCAUUUACGUCUCUACAUAAUGCUGAGCUCUUCGACACAGCAGUUGAAGCUCUUGUCAAUGCUAUCUCCCAGCCAGAUGCUCAAAGAUUUCUUACCAUCUUGCUGAAUCUUGCUGACUCUGCAGCUAUAAGGGAGAUGGGGGAGCACAGAUAUGUCAACACAUUACUGAAGCUCAUCCCUCAGGUCCUGCAACUGCAGGAGCAGCUGAGACAAGCUGUACAAAAUGGAGACAUGGAGACAUCACAUGGUAUCUGCAGAAUUGCUGUGGCUCUUGGAGAAAAUCACUCGAGAGCCUUGUUGGAGCAAGUAGAGCACUGGCAAACAUUCCUAGCACUUGUCAACAUGAUCAUGUUUUGCACAGGAAUUCCAGGCCACUAUCCAGUGAAUGAAACUACAAGCUCUUUAACCCUUACAUUCUGGUACACGCUUCAGGAUGACAUAAUGUCAUUUGAAGCAGAGAAACAGGUGGUAUACCUGCAGGUUUAUCGUCCUGUUUAUUUUCAACUAGUUGAUGUUCUGCUACACAAGGCUCAGUUUCCAUCUGAUGAAGAAUAUUCCUCUUGGUCUUCUGAUGAGAAAGAGCAAUUUAGGAUAUACAGGGUUGAUAUUUCUGAUACUUUAAUGUAUGUAUACGAGAUGCUGGGAGCAGAGUUAUUAAGUAACCUAUAUGACAAACUAGGAAGACUUUUAACUGACACUGAGCAAGCAUCCUCAUGGCAGCAUAUUGAAGCCUGUUUGUAUGGGUUUCAAUCUAUUGCAGAAACCAAUGAUGUCAACUAUUCCGAUGUUAUUCCAGGCUUGAUUGGCCUUAUUCCAAGGAUAAACAUUAGUAACGUGCAGCUAGCUGACACUGUGAUGUUUACGAUAGGUGCACUAGCUGAAUGGUUGGCUGAUCACCCAGUGAUGAUUAACAGUGUAUUACCAUUGGUACUGCAUGCUUUGGGCAAUGCUGAACUUUCCAUAUCCAGUGUUUCCACACUAAAGAAGAUCUGUAGAGAAUGCAAGUAUGACCUGCCUCCCUAUGCUGCUAAUAUUGUGGCCGUUUCUCAGGAGGUUUUAAUGAAACAAAUUCAUAAGACGAGUCAGUGUAUGUGGCUGAUGCAGGCACUGGGAUUCCUACUCUCUGCCCUCCAGGUGGAAGAAAUCCUUAGGAACCUACAUUCCCUCAUCAGCCCCUACAUCCAACAGCUGGAGAAACUUGCUGACGAGCCGCCAAAUCCAUCAAAUAAACUAGCAAUAAUACAUAUUUUGGGUCUGUUGUCCAAUUUGUUCACCACAUUGGAUAUCAGUCACCAUGACGAUGAGCCAGAAGGCACUGAAGCAAAGAAAAAACCCACCUUGCAAGGACCCAACCCUGUUGUGGUGGUCCUCCAACAGGUCUUCCAACUCAUACAGAAAGUGUUGUCUAAAUGGCUGAAUGAUGCUCAGGUUGUUGAGGCUGUUUGUGCAAUCUUUGAAAAGUCUGUGAAGACGCUUUUGGAUGAUUUUGCUCCCAUGAUUCCGCAGCUUUCAGAAAUGCUGGGUCAGAUGUACAGUACUAUUCCACAGGCAUCUGCAUUGGAAUUAACGCGACAGCUGGUGCAUAUAUUUGCCAAUGAUCCAACUCACUUUGUCCCUGUAAAGGCUCUAUUCCUUCUUGUUACUUCUGUGACCCUCUCUAUUUUCCAACAAGGACCCAGGGAUCAUCCUGAUAUUGUUGAUUCAUUUAUGCAACUCCUGGCACAGGCUCUCAAAAGGAAGCCUGAUUUGUUUUUGGCAGAAAACUGUGAUGUGAAGGCCCUGUUUCAAUGUGGAGUCAUAUCUUUGAAAUUUCCAGAAGCCCCAACAGUGAAAGCAACGUGUGCCUUCUUUAGUGAGCUGCUGCCACGUUGUCGGGAAGUACAGCCUAUUGGCUUAGUUGUCCAUGAAAAUGGAAAACUCUUGUUACAAGCAAUUCUAGAAGCUAUUGGUGGACAGGCCCCAAGGAGUCUGAUGGAUCAUUUUGCCGAUAUACUGUUUGCUUUGAACAAACACUGUUUUACCUAUUUAAGCAUUUGGUUAAAAGAAGUGAUGCAGCAACAGAAUUUUCCAUCAAGUCGCCUUACACAAGGACAAAAAGAAACAUUUAGUCAACAAAUUUUAAGAGACCGAGUGAAUAAAAGGCGUGUAAAGGACAUUGUUAAGGAGUUCACAUUACUGUGCAGGGGUCUUCAUGGCACAGAAUAUGCAGCCGAGUACUGAAGCUAUGUAAUUAAAUCCAAGUAUCACUCAGUUAAUAGCAUGCUUCCUGCAUCCUCAACACAUUUGCACCGUUUCCUUCUGUAAAAAUGCAUUCUAGCGUGAAGGAUUUUUAAAAGCAGCAAAUGGGCUUCUGUCUGCACUACAGGAUUCGACAAAAGAAUACAUGCACUUGUAUGCAGUCAUAUUAAGAGGCAUUUUUAAAAGAAAAAAGACUUCCUAUCAUAGGAUUGGGUCAGUAGAGGAAAUGUGCCAGGAUGGUUCUGGCAUCAGCUGUCCUGACUUGCAAGUAAUUUGUGUGUAUGUUUUGUGUUGUAAUUAAAGCUUUAUGGAAGCAAUAUAACUUGCUGCUGGAGUCCUGUGAUUUUGGCACUUUGUAAAACACAACAAUAUCUCGUGAAGGGAAUUAAUCCCAAAUGAUUCAGCUGUGGAAUAUUACUGGUGAUGCUGCUACAAUGUCUGAAACCAUUUUAAGCGAAUCUAGUAUUUUAGGGUUUUUUUGUUUUUAAUUUAAUGAUGUGGUGAUGUGGGCUUCUGUCAUAAAGUUUAAAAAUAAGUGUGGAUUGUUGCAACAGUCUGGGAAUUUCAAAAGUUUUGGGUCGUAACAAUUGCUAAGAGUUUCAAAACUUGGGCAUAUUUAUUUGAAAUAAACUGAGAAAGUAUCAGAGCUUUGAGUCAUCUAUUUUGACUACAGAUGAUGAAAACAUUGGCCCAAGCAAAGGUCUAAUUAUACUUCUGGCAUAGUUAAAGCAAUUAACUGACAAAAAGCACAGAGCUCCUCCAUCAGAGGUUUUGAGGCUCUAUAAGCUUUGUUACAGUCCCAUUUCGUUUCUCAACUUUGAGGUUUUUUUUGUACUAUAUGCUAUGUGUUACUCUCUGUACAAAAACCAAUACCACCUUAACGUAACUUUGAGCUAUCCAUGUUAUUUUGUAACUUGUUUACUUGUGCUUCUAGAGCAUUCUGGAAGUUGCACAACCAUAGCAUAUAUUCAGGUAUUGGAAUAAAAUGAAAGCCCACUAGUAAAAUCUUGAUAAGAAAUGACAC